GUUGUAGUACAAACUGAUUCAUGUUCUCAUUGUCGCGUUGUCGUAUGUGACGAUUUUCUGUCUCAUACGGAUGCAGUUAAAUGUCUUCGGCAUUCGAUGAAGCCACUGUACACAAGAAACCGGUCUGGGGAGUGGCAGUGAUGUCUCCAGGGCUGAAAAAGGCAGAGUAUCAGCCGUCGUGUACAAUCUAUCAACUGUCGAAGCAAGUGGUCAAUCAAAAGGUGCAACAAAUUCAAUGUGAUCUCCUUUGCAUGGGUUUAGACACUCUACCGCGGAACGGAAUAGAUAUUUUUGUGUACGCCACUGAUGCAGCUAGUGAUUGUGUUGGAACCGCGGUUACCAUGAAGCAACGUCGUCCUCAUAUCAACCAGAACACGAUGCUUAAGGACGUAUGUUCCAAGGUUUCGGAGAUCAGAGACUGGCUGAAUAAAGUGGAUAUUAUUUGCAAGUAUGUAAACGGUAGCCAUUUCGUGACAACUUACCUUGCUAAAUUGACCGCUAAGAUGUACAAUGGGAGAAGUUUGGACGUACCAGCCGGCGAGUUUGAUAGUCACUUCGUCUAUCGUGUCACCAGAGGGUUCAGAAUUGUCAUGUUGAAGUUAUGCUUACGCGAGAUAAUAGGUUUAAUCGAAUAUAGCACGGUGAUAGUUGGGACUACAACGAGAAUUAUGGACGGAGUGAGUACCAAGACGGAUAAACGAAAUGCAGAAGCUGAAGAAUGGAUAGGUAGCGAUGAUUUCGUCCAUACCGGCCUAGCUAUAUGCAGAACAGUUUAG